AUGGCGCUGAGGCGAUCUGCCCGAUUGGGUUCCACCCCAACGAUCAUGGCACCAGUGCAAAGCUCCGCACCCAAAAUGACCAGGGUGAAGAAUAACGCAGUCACAAAGCCCCGCAAGGUCUCACCAACCAAGAAAGCAGCUCCAAAAGCCACCACUUCACACACCACCCCCCUCGACCGUCCAGUCGACCCCCACCGAACAAACGCAACCCUCCUCACACCCCACGGCUCCUCAGUAGCCGCCUACCCAGCCCGCCCAGAAGAUGCCUCCCCCUCAAAGACAGGGCUCCCCCGCCCAGCAGCUACAACAGGCACACUGCUUGAGCAAGCAGUAGCGCAUCUAAUAGCGACAGACCCACGUCUCAAGCCCGUGAUAGAGCAGCAUCCAUGCCCGCUCUUCUCGCCAGAAGGCCUUGCCGAGAAAAUUGAUCCCUUCAAUAGCCUGACGAGCAGUAUAAUCGGACAACAAGUCUCCGGCGCCGCAGCAAAGUCCAUCCGCAAUAAAUUCCUGGCGCUGUUCCAGAUUGAGCCUAAUGAAGCUGGCUCGCGCUCGCGAUUCCCUUUACCGGAGGAGGUUGCAAAAUGCGAUAUCCCCACUCUGCGGACGGCGGGAUUAUCCCAACGCAAAGCGGAGUAUAUACAGGGACUGGCGGAGAAGUUCGCGAGUGGGGAGCUAAGUGCACAGAAAUUGGCCAAGGCUAGUGACGAGGAACUUGUUGAGAUGUUGAUUGCUGUUCGUGGGUUGGGGAAAUGGUCAGUGGAGAUGUUUGCGAUGUUUGCGCUGAAGCGAACUGAUGUUUUCUCCAUUGGGGAUUUGGGAGUGCAACGGGGCUGUGCGUCGUUUGUGGGUCGAGAUGUAAGUAAGUUGAAAGGCAAGGGUGGUGGUAAGUUUAAGUAUAUGGCGGAAAAGGAUAUGCUAGAGUUGGCAGCAAAGUUUGCACCGUAUAGAAGUCUUUUUAUGUGGUAUAUGUGGCGGAUCGAGGAUGUUGAUGUCGCUGUUCUGACUGGGUGA